AAAAAAAAAAUAAAAAAUAAAACUUCUCCUUCCCUCUUCUUUUUCUCUCUCCUCCUCACGUAAAUUAGUAGUAAGAGGAGAGAGAAAGAUAGUCUUCAGUUUUAUUUUAUUUUUUUAGAGAGAGGAGAGAGAAACUGUGAGUGAGUGAGAGAGUCGUCGAACUAAGUUCAUUUCGAACUAUUCGAAUCACUUCUAAUUUCUGUUUAAUUCACUAUUUCUGCUGAAAGGGAGAAUUAGUUGGUAAGUGGGAUUUGAUUAUGGGUGAGGAGGAUGCGAAGUCGGCAGUUGUGGCGCCGGUAACGAAUGGGACUAAGUCUCCGGAGAAGGAGGCUGAAAUUGUGGCAGAGAAAAAAGAAAAUGGAGUGAAAGAAAUGGAAGUAGAUAAGAAAGAUGAAGAUGGUGGGAAAGCUGAGGAUAAAACAGGCGUGGAGGAGACGGGUGAAGAGAAGGGUGAGGAAGGCAAAGAGCCUAAGGAAGAGGAGGAAACCAAAGUAGAGGAAGAGAAGGAUGAGCCUAAGGAAGAGAAGGAAACCAAAGUUGAUGAAGAGAAGGUAGAGCUUAAGGAAGAGAAGGAAAGCAAAGUAGAGGAAGAGAAGGAAGCGCCUAAAGAAGAGAAGGAUGAGCCUAAAGAAGAGAAGGAAAGCAAAACAGAGGAAGAGAAGGAAGAGCCUAAAGCUGAGGCAAUGGAAGAAGAAAAAGUAUCGAAUGAAGAUGAGAAGGAUGUUGAAAUGGCUGAGAAUAUCGAGGCUUCAGAAGAGAAAAUGGAUGAGGAGAAAGAGAAUGAAGAUGAAAAAGUGGAGGAGGAAGAUGAAAAAGUGGAGGAGGAAGAUGAAAAAGUGGAAGAGGAAGAUGAAAAAGUGGAGGAGGAAGAUGAAAAGGUGGAGGAAGAUGAAGCGAAAGAGAGUGAAGAGGAAAAGGAAGAUGGUGAAGAACAUGAGAAGGAUGAGAUGAAGGAUAGUGAAAAGGAAGAAGAAGAGAAAGUAGAAGAAAAAGAGGAGGCGGAGGAGCAGAGCAAGGAGGAGAAACCUUCGAAGAAGCGCAGUAGGGCGAAGAGUGCUGUGGAUAAGGGUGCUGACAAGAAAAAAAAAGUUAUUGAGAAGGAGCAGGAGCCUAGGACUCCAGCAAUUGACCGCCCAGUACGAGAACGAAAAUCUGUAGAAAGGUUGGUUGCGACAAUUGAGAAAGAUAACUCUAGGGAAUUUCACAUUGAAAAGGGUCGUGGCACUCCGUUGAAAGAAAUACCUAAUGUUGCAUACAAGCUAUCCAGGAAAAAGAGUGAUGAGACUUUUAAGUUGCUUCAUAUGAUUCUGUAUGGAAGAAGAGGGAAGGCAGCUCAAAUUAAGCAUAAUAUAUCACGGUUUUCAGGUUUUGUCUGGCAUGACAAUGAGGAUAAGCAAAGGAUGAAAGUCAAGGAGAAGUUUGACAAAUGUGUGAAAGAGAAAUUGAUGGAGUUCUGUGAUGUGCUUGACAUACCAAUUACUAAAACUACCACUAGAAAGGAAGAUAUUGUUGUCAAGCUGCUUGACUUUUUGGUGGCUCCUCAUGCUACUACUACAGUUUUACUUGCUGAGAAAGAUCAGGGCAAAAAGCGCAAGAGGUCUGGAACACAAGGUGCAUCUAAAUCACCAUCACCUAAAGGCGCUGCCAAGAGCCGGAAGAAGACAGGUGAUGCUUCUGUAAAAGAAGGGAAAAAGACUGCUCCUGAGACUGAUGAUGAGUCUGAGGAUGAGGAAGAAAAUGAGGAAGGGGAGAAAGAGAAUGGAGUUGCAGAACAAUCAGAAGAUGAUAAAUCAGAGCCUUCUGAGAGUGAAGAGAAAAAGGAUAUGUCUGAAGCUGACUCUGAAGAAGAUACGCCAAAAGAGAAAGCGAGUUCGGGAAAAGCAAAAAGAGACACCAAAAAAAAGUCUCCAGAUGUAGAAUCUUCAGGAAAAGCUGUUAGCAAAUCAGUUUCCACUCCCAGAAAAGCCAGAUCGGUGCCAAAAGGAACUCAAAGAAAAUCAUCAUCAAACCAUUCCAAGGCUAUUGAGAUCGAAGACAAAAGUCCCAAGGUGUUUUCGAGAAAGAAAAAAGUUGAAGAGCCAAAGAAAGAAAAGUCUUCAGCUUCGAAGAAAUCGGCUACAAAGGACAAACCUGUUACAAAGGAAAAAUCUGCUACAAAAGACAAAUCUGCUGCAAAGGACAAAUCCGGUAAAAAGGCCAUGAAAGGGAAGGAGAAAAGUAAAGAAGACAAAUUGAAGCCAAGUGACGAUGAACUAAGAAAUGCAAUAUGUGACAUUCUUAAAGAAGUCGACUUUAAUACGGCAACCUUCACUGAUAUUCUGAAGCAACUUGCCAAGCAAUUUAGUACUGAUCUCGCAUCGAGAAAGUCAUCAAUUAAGCUUAUGAUACAGGAUGAGCUUACAAAACUAGCUGAUGAAGCUGAUGAUGAAGAUGAUGGAGAUGACGGGGAUGCUGAAAAAAAUGAAGUCCAGCCUGCUGGUAAAGAGGUGGAGGCCUGAUUUAUCACACGACAGCAGAACUGGUAAAAGUAUGCCAUUACCUAUCUCUUAUCUUGUUUCUGCCCUUGAGCUUAAGAAAAUUAGAUAGUAUUAACUUUGCUUUACUCUUUUGCUUCCUGUUGUUUAGUCUGUAAAAGUAGCUGUAAUCUAUCGAUAGUUGUUUAUAAAUAUUCUGGCAAACAAACUACUCUUUUGCUAGAGAUAGUCCUAGAACAGUUGAUAUGCUUAAUGCUGCAGGAUGCAGGUUGUAUUAUACACAUUCUUGAACUUUUAGGUCUUUUUAUUUCGAGUUCUUUUUAAUUUAAACUGACAUUUUGUGAUCA